GAGCGCCCCCUCUGUUCCACGCGCACGCCACGGCCGCUACCGAGUAGUGGUGAGGCAAGGAUGCACAUUGGGGUGGGGGAUGGGUGACAGGGCCGACGGCAGCCGGAGUCACUCGGUAAACACGCCCGGCUGCUGUUGGGCGAGCGGCGCGCGCAGUGCGCGGGUCCUUUACCUGCCUCAGACGCAAAGGCAGGAGCUGCCCAGCCAAGGGGCGGGGACCACAGCGCCUGGGAGCCAAGCUGGGGAGAGCGGGGCGGGCCUUGGUGGGGGCGGGGCCCACGGUGAUUGGGCGCGGGUACAGAGUCGCAGGCCCGGCGCUGGGCUGCUGGGGCGCGCAAGUUUCACUUCGCUCUGGCAGCCUGCGAGUUUGGAGCACGUCUGACCGCUUGCUCCAGUGUCGCCGCCACUGCCGCCAAGUCCUCGCAGACGCGCGGCGCUCCUUGUUCACUGGAGCCAGCAUCGCCUUGGGUUGCUAGGUUCGUCCCGCUCCCGCCGCCACCACCUCGGCGACUUCCCCUGGCCCGUGCUCCCCCAAUGUCUGACUCUGAUUCUCGGACUGAGAAACGCAAGAAAAAAAGACCAAAUGGCGAAACAGCCUUCUGAUGUAAAUUCUAAGUGUAACAGAGAAGGUGGACAAUUACAGCCUGCGGAGAGGCCUCCUCAGCUCAGGCCUGGGGCUCCCACCUCUGUACACAUUGAGACACAAGGUAAUCCUGAAGGCGAAGGGGACCGCUGCCCCCACGGCAGCCCUCAGGGCCCGCUGGCCCCACCGGCCAGUCCGGGGCCUUUUGCUACCAGAUCCCCGCUUUUCAUCUUUGUGAGAAGAUCCUCUCUGCUGUCUCGAUCCUCCAGCGGGUAUUUCUCUUUUGACACAGACAGGAGUCCAGCACCCAUGAGUUGUGAUAAAGCAACACAAACCCCGAGCCCUCCUUGCCAGGCCUUCAACCAUUAUCUCAAUGCAAUGGGAAUCUACGACUAUAGAAGCCAAGGUGGAGCUGUCCUGGUCUGUGAGGCCGCGUCAGUGGAGGGAAAUCGAGGACAAAGUCCUGUCCUGUGUCCCACCCUGGCCAGACGCAGUGCAGAGCCCGCAGCGCGCCGCUCAGGGCAGCGGGUUUCUGGGCCUCCAUGCGACAGUCUCAGGCCCUCCCUGCAGACCUGCGCCCAGAGAUGUGGAUCGCACAGGAGCUGCGGCGGAUCGGGGACGAAUUCAACGCCUAUUAUCCACGGCGGGUCUUUUUGAAUAAUUACCAAGCAGCAGAAGCCCAUCCUCAAAUGGUUAUCUUACGGCUGCUGCGGUACAUCCUCCGUCUGGUGUGGAGGAUGCAGUGACGACGGGUUCCACGCGGAGCGGAGCCGAGACGCACGCAGACAUUCCACUCGUUCAAGCCGACAAGCCCAGCGCCAUGGCCUCCUGGUGCCGCUGCUGCGCGGCCAGCUGUUGUUCCCCGGGGGGGCCGGUGUGUCGUACACGCGGAGCUGCGUGCGGGCUUGACCUUGCCGUGAAUGUAAAUGAAGAUGGAUUCUCUUUUUUAGAAAAUGUACAAAUCAUGGUUCUCUGGAGCAGGAUUUUAUGCGAGAAUGAUGUAAGAACAGUUUUUCAAAAAGGAAAUGGAAAUUUUUAACCAAGUCAUGAAUGAUUUUUGUACUAACAAUUUAAGAACCUGUUGCCUAUUCUCAGAGGAUUAUGUAAACUCUGCAGUGGAAACUGAGCCAGCUAAUUUCUAAAGCUGCCUUAGUUUAUUUUUAGAGGCUACUGUACAGAAUUUUUAAACAUGAGAGGUGUGUGUGAUAUGGCCACUCCCUCCCUGCCAUUGCCUCUCACCUUUUUUUAACUGUUAUUACCAAAAAAAUUCUUAGAAAAUGAAAAUGAUUAAGGGGCAGAGAGUCUUUUGUCAGCCUGUACUCACGUGGGAUGUGCCUCUCCCAUUUUGUAAAUAUUUACUUACCUCCUUAAACUCAGCUCAUCUGGAAAAUUUCAGCCUCUUUUUGCGUGUUUUUCCUUAUCUCAUUUUGUGAUGCUCCUCUCGUCUGUCUUGGUCACUGAUGCACCUGUCUGGUCCAGUGCAUGUUCAUGAUAAAGUGUAACUGCUCACAACGUGACUUAGCAUCUGCCUGUGUCAUCACAGCUCAGUCGGUCUGGUGGUAGCUCACUACCUGGGAAGGGACGCGGUGCCGGUUUUCAUGUGGUUAGGUGGACUUGUGUGUUACAAGUGUUCUCAAGAGGUCAUAGUGGUAAUAAUGCAGAAACAGUAUUAGGGCCCUUGGCACUGUUGGCUUUUCUGGUCACAGGCUUUCCCCUCAUCACAGGAGGUUAAUCUCAGCAUGAAGUGCCAGUUGCAGACAUGCCCACCUGUAGCUGCAUUUGGCUGCAGGUGUCCAAAGUGGAGUCCUUGUGGGAGUUGGCACGGGCUGUGGACGGGGCCUUAAACAGCUGUUUCCUGGGCAUAUACCGGCUUUUCAUCCAGCUCAGAGUUGAUCUGACCUUUGAUGCCUACCACUUGGUUCCCACUCUUCUACAUCCACCUUAAAACACAGACUUAAUUCUCUUUUGAGCAGUGUCAUCAGAAUUCUCUCAGGCAUAAGUCUGAAAUGGCCCCUUCUGGCAGAUGUCUACUCAUUCAUUUCUCUUGGGACAGCUGGGGUUGUGAGGCCUCCUUCUGUGCAUACACUUCUUCCUGCACGCUGGCCUGUGAGGAUUACAGUGAGUUGGGACCCACGAGCUGGUCAGUCAUUUGACAGGCAGUUAACCAACCUAACCAACCGGGGAGAAA